GUAUCUGUACUUGUUAUAUGGGAACUGAAAGCUGGCUGUUUUUGUUCGCUUUUACUACGAAAUAAGGAAAUUAAAUCCUUUUAAUCAUUGAGCGCAAAAAAAUUUUACUCGAAAAUUAAAAAUAACGAAAUUAAAUCAUUUUAAUCGACCACCAAAUUAAAUGUUUCAUUUUACGCGCCCAAUUUAAAAAGUGGGCUGCCAACUGGGCAAACAACAUUUACGAAUUAGAUCUUAACAGAGAACUGUCGCGUCUAACAGAAUAGUCUACAUAUAUCGUUAUCGAUAAAUUCUGAAAUCAACACUGCCUUUAGUGCUGUGGCAAGAGUGCGAGCAGGAGAGUGAACUCUGUUGGUACGCGUGUGUGCGAAGAGAGCGAAUUGCCAUCAGUUGGUGCCGAGUUUUUGCUUCGUGAGCAGGUGGGCCGCGCUUCGCGCUAUAAUCGUAUAAGAAUCGCCUCUUAAACAAUAUGAAAAAAUUCCAAUAGCCGAAAGCAAAGGCACUUGAUAAUAUAAAUCGCGGCGCAUGCUACGCCCACGCGUUCAAGUUCAGUGCAUGCGACGGCAGCAAAUACAACCAACAAAAGCCAAAAGGCAACAACAACAACAACAGCCACAAGGCACAAGUGAUAACAGCGCAAGAAUUAAUAUAUAUGUAAUAAAAAUUCAACGCGAAAAGAUCUCUGGCGACAUAUGAAGAAAAAAUAAUAUAGAAAGCAAUCGUAAUGUCGCCUCAGCAACAAGGCUAAACAUGUGAAACGAGAAAACGCGUGCAUACAACAACAACAACAACAACUAACUGCAACAACAACAACAACAAACAACGGGCAGCAGCUUUCCGUGGAAUUGGAAACGUGAGGAGCAUACGACAACCCACACAAAAGGAGACGCCUCACGUGCUCGCUGCGCUGGCCACGUGGCCGUGCCCAAUGGCCCAGUCGCCGCCGGUAGCUGGAGCAGAUGCCACAGCCAUAGCGACGACAACGACGCAGCUGCCGUUGACCCCUGCCGCACUCUCUGCCACAGCCGCAGUCGCAGCCGCUGACGCUGACGCAGACGCAACGCGCACGUAAUUGCUGUUGCAAUCAAUUUGAGCUGCGCAUCGAAUUAAAUUUUGCUGGCGGCGCUGCUGCUGUUCCCGCUCCAUCCUCAUCCUCAUCGCCAUCCUCGUCGUGGUCGUGGUCGUCGUCGUUGUCGUCAAGCGCCGCUGCAGCCAAAGCUGCGCCUUGUCUGGUGUACUUGUGUGUGUAUUUCUUUGUUUAUGUAGGUGUGUGUGUGUGUGUGUGUGUGUCUGCGUCGCCAGCAGCAGCAGCAGCAGCAGCAGCGGGCAUGAAUAGCAAAUGAAUUCAAGCUCGGCAAACAAAAGAAAAUGCAUCUUAAGUGAACUUCCUGCGUCGACAGCAACAACAACAACAACAACAUCAACGAGUAGGAGGCGACGCAACAUUAGCCAAUUACUAAGCCCAACAACAACAACAACAACUACAACAACAACUACUACUACAACAACAACAACCAAGUGGCCCACUGCAACUGAAAUGGCCGCCUCCACAUCAACGCCACAAAACUACAAAGUGCCAUCGACGAGCAAAAUAUCCGUGGACAAGCUCCUGCGCGUCGGCUACUACGAGCUGGAGAAGACAAUUGGCAAAGGCAACUUUGCCGUGGUCAAACUAGCCACAAAUAUUGUAACCAAGACCAAGGUGGCCAUCAAGAUCAUCGAUAAGACAUGCCUCAACGAGGAAUAUCUGAGCAAGACAUUUCGCGAGAUUUCUAUACUCAAAUCGCUGCGUCAUCCGCACAUAACACGCCUCUACGAGGUGAUGGAAUCACAGUCCAUGAUCUAUCUGGUCACCGAGUAUGCGCCCAAUGGCGAGAUCUUUGAUCAUCUGGUGGCCAAUGGACGCAUGAAGGAGCCAGAGGCGGCCCGUGUCUUCACACAGCUCAUCUCGGCGGUGCACUAUUGCCAUCUGCGCGGCGUGGUACAUCGGGAUCUCAAGGCGGAGAAUGUGCUGCUCGACAAGGACAUGAACAUAAAGCUCGCGGAUUUCGGCUUCAGCAACCACUACGAGGAGGGCAGCCUUUUGCGCACCUGGUGUGGCUCGCCGCCCUAUGCUGCGCCCGAGGUAUUUCAAGGCCUGGAGUACGAUGGACCCAAGUCGGAUAUAUGGAGUCUGGGCGUGGUGCUCUAUGCACUUGUCUGCGGCGCCCUGCCCUUCGAUGGCAAGACCAUAUUGGAGCUUAAGAGCCGCGUGGUGCAGGGCAAAUUUCGCAUACCCUUCUUCAUGUCGCAGGAUUGUGAGCAUCUCAUCAGAAAUAUGCUGGUCGUUGAGCCGGAUCGCCGUUAUACCAUCAAACAGAUCAUCAAGCAUCGCUGGCUAAGCGACUGGCAGUCGGAGCUGCAGCAGGAGGAGCGCCUGGACGCCAAUACGCUGCCGUUUGGCGCUGCUGGCGGCCAAUUGCAGACCAGCUCGUUGGGCAGUUCGACUACAUCGUUGUCGGGCGCCGAUAGCUCAGAGGUGUCUGCGCCACAGCUGGAUGCGGUGGUCAUGACGCACAUGCUCCAGCUGCCCGGCCUGACUGCGGACAUGAUUGCGCAGUCGGUGCACGAGCAGCGCUUCGAUAAUAUCUAUGCCAUAUACAAUCUGCUGCAGGAUAAGCUGCUGCAGAAGCGACGCGAAAACCAAAGACUGCAGCAUCAUGCGAACCUUGCCUACUCGAGAUCCCGCAAGACAAGCAUCACCACCGGCGUUGUGGAUCGCUCCGAGCCGGUUAAACAGGAAUCUCUCGACCGGCUCAGCCCGCUCAGCAAUGCGAACGCGUCCAGUUCGGCGCUUGGCUUUGGCUGGUGCUCCGAUGUGGGCGUCGAUCUGGAGAAGUACGGUGACUUUGAGCUGGAGUGCCUGGCGCGACCCAACGAGCCACCUGUCAAUCCGCAGCAUUUGAGCGCCGCAGCGGGUGGCAUCUCGGGCGCCAAUACGCGUCGCCACACAGUUGGUCCCGGCGAUGUCGCCCACGAGCAGGCCCUGGCCAAUCCGCAUGUGCCGCCCAUUGACUUCAAGUGCCCGCCGCAGUGCAACGAUGCCGCCCAGGCCACGCUCUACUAUCCCACAAAUUUGCCCAUGCUGCAGAACCAGCCGCUGCACAAUUUGACCAUCAAGGAUCAGCACCUGCUCAAGCCGCCCGUCGUCAUGGGUGCUAGUUCCUUUGGACGUCGCGCUUCGGAUGGCGGCGCCAAUCUGCAUAUUUACUAUCCCGCCAGCAUCUCGGCGGGCAACAGCGGCGUUGCAGUAACUCCACAGCAAAUGGACACCACGGGCUACUAUAUGAAUCCCAGCUUGAAUACCGCGCCCGGCCCGCCGGAAUUGUCGCCGCUCAGCGAGCAGUCAAUGGGUCAGCUGCACUGCUGCCCGGAAAACUGUGGCGAGGAGUGCAGCGAGGAGAUACAGAGGUACAUGCAGAAGCGCGGCUGUGUUAAGCGCCAUACCGUAGGCUGCACCGAGGAUCUCUCCGUUAGCCACAGUCCCGGUGAACUGGGCCACAUGCAGGUGCCGCCGGGCGCUCAAGCGCAAACGCCCACCGGCAGCGCUGCCGGCGGUGGCAAUAUGCGCACCCGGCGCACGGGUCUGCUGACCGUUACGGAACGACCUCCUGUCAUUUGCCCUGAGCUCAUACGCGAAGUUGAAUCUCGCAUGAAUCGCGACUAUUUGCCGCCCACGCUCAAAUCGCUGAGCCAGUCCCCGCCCAAUGCGCCCACUUUUGGUUUGCCCAUGGGCGUGGCAGCAACACCACACUCACUGCCCCUGAGCAUCGCCGGCGGCAGCAACUCGGUGCCGCUGGUGGCGCCCACGACGGCUGCCAACAAUCGGCGCGCCUAUCGCGCCGCCCACUGUAAGCUGCCCACUGUGCAGGAGGGUGCGACCAUAGGACGCUACAGUCCCGUGCGUCGCGCCUCGGAGGGCUCACGCUCCCAGUUCCAGGGUCCGCUGCAGGAAUGCCAAUCCCUGCAAAAAGGUAUCGCACAGAGAAAUUUUUUGGUUGCACCCAGUCCGCCGCUUUUAGAAAAUUCGAUCAGUCUGCCCGGCUCGCCCAUACACGGCAAACCUACGAAUCUGCAGCUGGCGCUGCGUCGCGGUCACGACAUCGAGGUGCCGCCGGAGGCCAUUAAGAAUCUGAUGCCCGCCUUGGACCGUCUGGUGAAGGAGCAGCGCGUCAGCUUCGAAAUAGCCAACAAGAUAAUCUCAUCGAAUGUGGUGCCCAUCGAUCUGGCACCGCAGCUGGGCCUCGCCGCGCACGCAGCCAGCGGCGCAGCCGUGAGCGGCGGCCAUUUGGAUCAGUCGCAUCUGCACCAGCCGCAGCCCAUGCACAGUUACAGUGUGUCCCCGCUAACCUUGCCGCACGGCCCGAACGCCUCGCUCACCUCCGCCAAGCAGAUGUUCGGCCAGCCCAUCUGUGGCUAUCAAUAUCAGGCGGCGGCGGCGGCAGCAGUUGGGGGCAUGCCCACGCUGGCGCUGACGCUGCCGCUGCAGCCACAUCAGCAGCUGGUGGGUCAGUUCAGCAGCAUCAAUCUGGGCGCCAGCACUUCGAAUAGCAGCAGUGGCUGCCAGUCGCCCGUAUACAGCAACAGCAAUAGCGGCAGCGGCUUCAGCGGCAGCUGCUCGCCCAAUCCGAAUCCUUAUUUGCCCGGCACGGGACCGUUCAAUCCCUGCGUGAGUGUCAAUGCGGGCGCCUCCUCGCCGCUGCAUCAGAUCACCAAGGGCAUAUCGGGCCUGAGCACGGGUGGUGGCGGUGGCUCCAUAACACGCGGCACCUCCGCCGCCAGCGAGGGUGCCGCUCAGCAGCCGCUGGACUUGUCCAUGGAUGUGUGCAGCAUGGGCGGCGCCAUUGCCACCGAUCCGGCUGAUUAUGCCACGCCCAAUUGGUUUGUGCCCACGGCAACGUAUUAUGAUCUGAAGCCAUUGAAUCUGUCGCCGGCGCAGCCAGUGCGCGUGGUGCCCACGCCGCCGGCAUCGCCCAAUCUGUGCAUCAUACAGGAGGAGAACGGCAACGGGCAAAUGUGUCAUACGAUCAGCACGGGCACGCCCUAUGCGGGCUGCACGGGCGGCAUAACGCCGCAGAUUUGCCUCACCGAUGUCCAGGGCAGCGAGAUUACCCUGGUGGCCCUCUCCUCGGAUAAUAGCCGCGACAGCGAGGACUCGCUGGAGCCACAUACGCCCAUUAUGUCGCUGCAGGGUCUCAUCAUCGCGGAGGCUAGCAGCGAUAUGCCUUCCAUAACGCGCGGCAUUGGACGCAAGGCCAGCCUGGACUGUGAGCCCGGCUCCAAUCAUGCUGCACCCAAUUGCCAUGCCCAAGCGCAGGCCUCCUCAAAUGUGGAGGCGCAUAGGCGUGGCAGCGAUAAGUCGCUCGGCUUCUCGGACGAUUCGUUGAGCAACGACUCGAAUAAUCUGUCGCCCUCCUGCCAGGAGCCAUCGGCCAGCUCGGGCUUCAAGUCCGACUCACAUUCCGAAAUGGGCGAUCACACCGAAUGCGGUCACCUGACGCCCGACUCCAUGUGCGAUUCGCGUCGCAUGUCCGAUGAGAUGUGCUACGAGGUGCCGCUGCCGCACGAAUGCUCCAACCUGGACUCGACGCGCAUACUCGAGAUGGUCAAGCAGACCAUCGACUCGACAAUGCCGCCCAAGGGCUUUGUGCUGCACAAGGGCAGCAUCAGCUCCGAGGACAGUGGCGCCGAGUCGCGUCACAGCAGCGCCUCCAAUGCGUCCAGCGACGCGACGCCGCAUGCCAUAGCCAGCGCCAGCGCGAGCAGCAAUGCGCCCGCCUGCAGCGCGUCCAGCUAUGGCGAGCCCACCACGAACUUGAGUCUCGAGUAUUCGGGCGGGCUGCAGAUUGAGCUGCAGGUGUGCGAGGGACGCAGUCGGGACCAUCAUGGUGCCGGCAAGGGCAUCAAAUUGAGGCGCAUCUCUGGUGAUCAGUUUGAGUAUGGCAAAAUAUGCCAGCAGCUGAUUAGUACCAUAACCAUGCAACAGGUGGCGGGCUAAGGCAGCAGGACUGUCUAGAAAAAAACAAAAACCCCCUACUAGUAUAUGUGCAUGUGUGUGUGCAUACGUGUCUGUGUUUGUAU